UUCUAACAUAAGGGGCACUCAAAACAUGAUUCAAUAGUAAUGUUAUAUAUGAGUACUGUUAUCCGCAUUACAACACUUGGAGUUGUCAUUCAAUACAUUGAUUGACUGUUUGCUUGACUCGAGUGUCUCGAGACGUGUCAAGCAAUUAGUCGUUUAGUUUUAAUUGCAUUUUAAUCAUCACUUGAAUUGAUCCACACUUUCAUUGCUUUCAAAUGAUUGCAUAAAAUUGAAGAAUUGGUCGACUAAUGAUGUGAUAUAUAUGAGAGACAAUCAAAUGACAAUUAUUAUCACAUUUCAUAUCAAAUAAAUACAUGAAAUGAUUGGUCCAAUUGAUUAAAAACAUAUCAUUAUUUGUAAUCAUAAUUUCAAUUCAAUUGAUUGAAUCAUUAUUAUUAGCGAAGUGUUUGAAUGUCUUCAUUUCUACACAACAAGUACUGGUCAACAAAGACAAAAAGCGAAAAAUGCGAUCAAAAGUCAUAUUCAAAGAUUCAAAAAUUAAGAAAAAGACUCGGAUUAAGACUCGACAAGUUGUCUGUCUCGAGACAAGAGUUGCCAGAAUAUCACACAGAAAGUGGUAAUGUUGAGAUUACGAAAAUAUCAAUGAAUGGUAAUUUAUAUGAUAGCAAUGCAUCAAAUUCAAGACAAACACAAAAUGUAAAUGAUUCCAAUGACAACUCGAUUAAUGUUACUGAAAGCCCUCCAAAACCUCCUCCGCGGACCACUUCUUGCAAAUCAAAUAAUAAUCAAAGCGACCAAAACUUAAAUAAAAAAUCAAUUGAAGAGAUUAUUGAAUCAAAACAGGAUUUAAAUAAAAAUAAUCAAAAUGACUGCAAUACAGAAAAAACAUCAAAAAUCCCUAAUUUUAUGAGACAUUCAAAACAUUUGUUUUCAAAAGUCAAAACUCGUCCUAAAUCUGAAAUAUUUACGACCAAUUCGACUGCAUUUUCUGUACCCAUCGCUAAGUCUAAUCGCUAUUCAACCAUUGAUUUUACUUCUAAUGGACUGGCAUUCGGACAGUUGGAGUCAUAUGUAAAGUUAGAUCAAUUGGGAGAGGGAUCAUAUGCUACUGUUUACAAGGGUUACAGCAAUUUGACCAAUAAAAUAGUGGCUCUAAAAGAGAUACGUUUGCAAGUGGAAGAGGGAACACCAUUUACAGCCAUAAGAGAGGCAUCACUACUUCGUGGUCUAAAACACGCAAAUAUUGUGACACUUCAUGAUAUUAUUCAUACAAAAGAUUCGUUGACUUUUGUCUUUGAAUACGUGGACACAGAUCUUAGUCAAUAUUUAGAGCGACAUCCGGGGGGUCUAAACCAUAAAAAUGUUAAAUUAUUUUUAUUUCAACUUUUUCGUGGACUUUCUUAUUGUCACGAAAGACGUAUUUUACACAGAGAUCUGAAACCACAGAAUCUGUUAAUCAGUGAAAUCGGCGAAUUAAAACUCGCAGACUUUGGUUUAGCCAGAGCUAAAUCAAUACCAUCUCACACUUAUUCACACGAAGUGGUGACACUAUGGUAUAGACCACCUGAUGUUUUAUUAGGUUCAAGAAAUUAUUCCACAUCACUUGAUAUAUGGGGUGUUGGGUGUAUAUUUAUUGAAAUGGUUUGUGGUGGUCCCACUUUUCCUGGUGUAAGAGAUCCGUCCGAUCAAUUGGACAAAAUAUGGAGAGUCUUAGGAACUCCUUCUAAUGAUUAUUGGGAUACUUUUGAUUCUUUACCUAAUCAUAAAAAAGGACAUAAUAUUACAUAUAAAAGUCAACCGUUGUCUCAAGCAUUUUCAGCUCUAUUAUCAGUUACUUUUGGAGAAGAAUUAGCAGAAAUGUGCCUUAAAUUAGAGCCUAAGUUUAGAAUAUCAGCAAAGGAUGCCCUUAAACACAAAUACUUCAGUGAUUUACCGAAACAAAUAUUUACUUUAGAUGAUACCAUUUCAAUAUAUCGUAUACCUGGUUGUAUACUUCAUCCCGAAAACCAUAAUCAUACCGCUAAUGUUGUGAAAGCUGCGGCUAAAUUGCGCAGAUAGUGACUACUGGUCUAACCCAUCAGACAAUGGGAUUAAUUGGCAAUAAUACAGCUUUAAGUCAUUUGUUGUUGAAAACAAAUCCAAAGAUAUGUCAAUGUAUUUAUUAAAUGGCAAUAUUAAAUGUUUACAUUAGACACUAUUUUUAUCUGCAUUUAUUGCAAAUUAUCAUUUUGUUUAUUAUUAAUAUAUUGAAUCUCAUAUUGAAUAGCAAUACAUUCCAUAUUUAUUUAUUUAUUU